GGGACCUCAUUCUACGUACGGCACUGGUCGCUGUCGGAGGUUCUCCUUAACAGAGAAACACCGGGAGAGAGACGCGUCACCAGAGGCGUCCGUGCACACGGCCACUCUCGUUCAUAAAUCAUCUCGUUGAUCGUCACGUUCUAUCACGACGAUCGAGUGUACUCUCUGGAUCAGUUAAUCCGUGUCGUUCGAUCCUCGUUGUGAAUCUAUCGAGGCGCCAGUCAGCUCGUGGCAUAACACUCUCUCUCGUGGGAGGUAGCACCAAGUUAGGCAACGUUCGUCUCGAAGCUACGUGAAAGCUUCAGUAUUCUUUGAACGACGCGUUUCUGCAUUUUUUUGUCGAGGAACAGCGUGUUAGAAAGCUGACUGAUACGAGAGCAAGCUUGUGUGCAUGCAUGUAUGCGAGUGCAUGUGUCUCACGUUGAUUAGACGCGGUUUGCAACUCGAGCAGAUAGAACAUAAUGCUGAUGGCUUGAAUUUGAUUCAAAAAAAUCCAAACGUUAGGGGGGAAGGAGAAAAGAAAUGGCACGAAUAUCUUUUCAGGCAAUUUUUGCAAUACUCUUGCUUGCAAUAACGAUUGUGUCCAAUACCGCAGAGCCUCAAUACAACAGAGAUAGAAUUCCAGCCAGAAGAACGAUCCAAAGAGGAGAUAUGUCACCCACGGAGGUGACCGAAGAGCGCCAUUAUUGGCCAAGGCUGACCAUUCCCAGCCCAAGAGGCGCACAAAUAAAGAGGAAACACCCCUGUGAGCAGAGCUCGUGUUAUCCCUCGACAGGAAAUUUAUUAAUCGGACGGAAGAAUCGGUUAACAGCGUCUUCAACCUGCGGCCUUCACAGACCGGAAAGGUAUUGCAUCGUUUCGCAUCUAAAGGAGCGAAAGAAAUGCUUCUUCUGUGAUGCAUCGUCGCCCACCAAGCAGCAUAACAUCGAAAAUGUUGUUACAGAUAAAAAUUGGUGGCAAGCAGAGAACGGCGUGGAAAACGUCACGAUACGCUUCGAUCUGGAGUCGGAGUUCCACUUUACACACAUCAUCAUUCGUUUCAAGACGUUCAGGCCGGCGAUGAUGUUGAUCGAACGAUCGUCCGAUUACGGUAAAACUUGGCAAGUGUAUCGAUACUUCGCUCACAACUGCGAGAAGUAUUUCCCAAAUAUAUCAACGAAACAACCUCAGAAACUGACGGACGUUAUCUGCGAAACAAGAUAUUCCGCGGUGGCACCAUCGUCUGGCGGCGAUGUUAUCUUCAGAGUAUUGCCUCAGAAUCUGGAGAUAGACAACCCCUACUCCAUGGAAGUGCAGACUCACUUAAAAAUCACGAACCUUCGCAUAAACAUGACCCGACUGCACACGCUAGGAGACGAUCUUCUCGACGAUCGUCCAGAGAUUCGCGAGAAAUAUUACUACGCUAUCCAAAACAUCGUGAUUCGUGGAUCCUGCUCUUGUUACGGCCACGCGUCCAGAUGUCUUCCGCUUCCCGGCGUCGCCGACGAGGAAAAUAUGGUGCACGGUAGAUGCGAAUGCACCCACAACACAACCGGAUUGAAUUGCGAGAAGUGUCAAGACUUUUACAACGAUCUACCAUGGAAACCGGCUGUUGGGAAGCAAACGAAUGCUUGCAGACCUUGCAUCUGUAACAAUCACACGAAUUCAUGUCACUUCGACGAAGCUGUAUACGAAAGUUCUGGAAGAGUGUCUGGCGGCGUUUGCGACGAUUGCCAGCACAACACUAUGGGAACGAAUUGCGAACUGUGCAAGCCGUUUUUCUAUCGCGACGUCACCAAAGAUAUUUCUCAUCCUGAUGUGUGUUUACCUUGUGACUGCGAUCUGAGUGGUUCCUUGGACGACGGUAUAUGCGACUCAAUAACCAAUCCUAUCACCGGUGGCGAAUCUGGUCGCUGUCAUUGCAAAGAAAACAUCGAAGGUCGCCGUUGUGAUCGUUGUAAAAAUGGUUUCUGGAACUUCGAUCCUGAAAAUCCUGAAGGAUGUCAAGCUUGCACUUGCAACACCCUGGGUACCAUCGACAAUCGUGGAUGCAAUACGGUGACUGGCGAGUGUACUUGCAAGCGUUAUGUUACUGCCCGAGAUUGUAAUCAGUGUCUUCCGGAAUACUGGGGACUCUCGGAAGAUCCGGACGGUUGUAAGCCUUGCGAUUGCGAUCCUGGUGGUUCCUACGAGAAUUCUUGCGACGUGAUCACUGGCCAGUGUCGUUGCAGGCCUCACAUUAGUGGCAGAACUUGCAACCAACCUGAACAAAGUUAUUACACUGGAUCAGUGGACUUUCUCAUCUACGAGGGUGAAUUAUCCAGAGCUAGCGAUAAUUGCCAAGUGGUGAUAAGAGAGCCGUAUCGCGACGGAAGGAACAGUACAUGGACCGGAACUGGCUUCAUGAAAGCGCUAGAAGGUUCCACGUUGAACUUCACGAUCGACGAUAUACGUAAGAGUUUAUGGUACGACAUCAUCGUGCGAUACGAGCCAGUUCAGGUUGGAUCCUGGGAGAACGUACAAAUAAUCAUCGAGAGAGACAGUCCGGUGGAUCCGAACGGUCCCUGCGCCGACUGGAGACCCGAGCAGGAUCAAUUGUACGCGCAACUUCCUUUAAGAUCGAGAAGCGUGGUUGUACAGCCGUCCGUCUGCCUGGAGGCAGGAAAACGAUACAACAUUCUGCUGCAAUUCCGUAAAUUCAACAAUCACGCUGACACGCCGUCCGCGUCGAUUUUGGUCGACUCGAUCAUCCUCAGACCGAGGAUAGACUCGAUUCCGUUUUUCAAGAUGCCCGUAAUCGGUGAACUUCGUCGCCAGGAGUACGAAAGAUAUCGCUGCAGCGAUUACUACAACGAUUUCAACGCCAUAUCGAACAAUAUCCCGGAUGUUUGCAAGAAGUAUCAAAAUAGCAUCGGCUACUACGUUUACGACGGGGCGCACGCUUGCGAGUGUAACCCGACUGGCUCGCACAGUCUGCUCUGCGAAAAUUACGGCGGCAUUUGCCCUUGCAAGCAGAACGUCGUCGGCAGACGUUGCGAUCGUUGCGCGCCUGGAACUUACGGUUUUGGCCCAGAGGGCUGCAUCCCUUGCGACUGCGACGGUGUAGGGGCGUUGGAUAAUUUCUGCGACGUUGAAACUGGCCGAUGCAAGUGCCGACCGAACACAUACGGCAGAACUUGCGGCCAAUGCGAGCCCGGCUUCUGGAACUUCCCUCACUGCCAACGAUGCGAGUGCAACGGCCACGCCGAGAGCUGCGACUCCAAGACUGGCGCGUGUAUCAACUGCAGGGACUAUACCACUGGACAUAACUGCGACAGGUGCAUCGAGACGUAUUAUGGUGAUCCUAGAAUCGGUGUCGAUAUUCCGUGCAGAGCGUGCCCUUGUCCGGGAACCAUAGAUUCUGGACAUUCGUACGCCGAGAGCUGUUCACUGGAUCCGGUCACCCACGACGUGAUCUGCGAGUGCUUCGACGGAUAUACCGGUCCACGUUGCGAAAGCUGCGCGGAGAAUUACUUCGGCAAUCCGGAGAUCCCCGGCGGCAGUUGUGAACUUUGCAAUUGCAACAACAACACGGAUCUACGCCGAGCUGGAAACUGCGAUCCUCAUACUGGACGUUGUCUCCAAUGCCUCUAUAAUACCGAUGGCGCCAACUGUCAGAUUUGCAAGCCAGGGUUUCACGGGAAUGCUCUCGAGCAGAAUUGCGAGGAUUGCAUGUGCAACGUUUUAGGCACAGACAGAAACGCUGGCCCCUGCGAUCAUCGGACUGGACAGUGUCCCUGUUUGCCUCACGUUAUUGGCUUGCUGUGCGACUCGUGCGAAGAGAAUCAUUGGAGAAUCGCCAGUGGUCAAGGUUGCGACCCUUGCGAGUGCGACGCGGUUGGAAGCGUCUCUGACAGGUGUAAUCCGUACGACGGUACUUGCGAGUGUAGACCGGGUUUCGGUGGAAGACGUUGCAACGAGUGUCAAACCAACUACUGGGGCAAUCCGAAUGUCGAGUGUUAUCCGUGUGAUUGCGAUUUGACCGGCUCCGCUAGCCAGCAGUGCGACAGAGAAACUGGAAUGUGCGUCUGUCACAAGGGGAUCGGCGGCGAGAAAUGUAAUCAGUGCGAUCGUGGUUACUACGGGAACGCGCCUCAAUGCAAUCCCUGCGGCGAAUGUUUCGACAACUGGGACAUGACGCUGACCGGUCUGAGAAACAAGACGAACCUCGUGAUCGAAGAGGCGUCGAGGAUUCAAAAGGUUGGAACAACCGGCGUCUACAGUCAAGAAUUCGACGACAUGGUCCAGUCUUUGGAUCAGGUCCAGGCGUUGAUCAACAAUGCCUCCAUCAGAAGCCAAGAUUUGGACGAAUUGAAUGAUCUGGCCAUAGACUUGAAUAACAAGAAAUUAGAAUCCACCAAGAAAUUAGAGGAAGUGAACAACCUCUUGGAGAACGUUAGCCAGAGAGUGAAUCUAGGUGAUGCUGCUCUGAAGAACUUGAAGAACAGGACGAACAGCUUGCACCAAGCUGCUGCCGAUCUCAAGGAGAAUGCGACUAGGCUGCAAGAGGAGAACGUCUUGGGUGCUCUGAACGUUACGCAGCAAAUGGCAGAACAGUCUAGACAAGCAGAGAAAAUGGCGAACGACACCAGUAACGUUCUGGCCGACGCGGAAAGAUUCCGCAAACACACAGAGAGUUUAUUGGCUAAGAAUCAAGCUUUCGUACUGGAGGCACAGGAGAGGAAUAAGGAGUCGUUGGAUAAGAUCAACGAGAAAUUGAAGGCCUUCGAUGGAAUUAUGCCCGGAUUGAAUCUUGAAAUGUGCGGGGACAAUGUUACGGAUUGCAGUAGCGUAUGUGGCGGUGCUGGCUGCGGUUUUUGUGGCGGAUUGUCCUGCGACGCGGGCGCUGUAACGAAGGCCAAUCAAGCUCUGGACGUAGCUAAGAAACAGGCUGCUGAGAUCAAAAGUCACAAAGACGAGGCUGAACAAUUACUUCGCAACAUGAUUCAAGUGAAACGUGACGCAACGGCAGCCAGAUCGAACGCCCAAGAUGCGUUCAAUUACGCGCUGAAUGCACGUAAUUUGACCGAUGCCGUGAGCAAGGAUCUCUCUGACAUAAACAAGCGGAUCCGUAGCACACUGGACGAGGAACAACCCACACCAGCCAUGGUCAGAGACUUGGCCAACGAGGUGCUGGCCAAGAACAUCAAACUGAAGCCUGACGAGAUCAAGGCAUUAGCCGAUCGUAUAAAGAGUAUCGUCGGUUCCUUGACCGAUUCUGAGAAGAUCCUAGCUGAUACCAGGGACGAUCUCCAAUUGGCCGAGAAGUUGAAGAACGACGCCGAGAGAGCGAAGGAGGACGCGAUCGCGAAGCAGAAUCUAGCCAACAAAGUGUCGGUUUUAUUGAGCGAUGCGCAAAGGGCCCAAGAUCGAGCCCAAGUGGCGAUCGAUCAAGCCGAACGCGACGUCAGCAGAUCCGAGAAGGACUUGGAAGAGAUCGCAGAGUUGACCAGAGGUGCUCAGAUGCAGGCGAACAGCACCGCGCAGACGGUCGAGUCCUUGGACGCUCGAUUGAAACAAUUGCAAACUCAGUCGGUCUUGAACGAUUUCGUAUUGUACCGUGAGAUCAGCGUCCAGGCGCAGAAGGUGGCCGACGAGGCGCAGAAGAUCGACGCCAAGACGAAGACACUCGUGACGGAGUACAGAGAGGCGGACGAGUUGCUGGACCUGAGGGUGAACAAGAGCAAAGGGAACAUAUCGAGGGCGAAGAAGCUUUUGCAGAGAGCCUCUGAAUUGACGGCCGACACCUCGACGAAAUUGAAGGACUUGGACGGUAUGGAGAGCGUCUACAGAGACAACGAGAGAAUGCUGUCCGAUCUGAUGGCGGAGGUUGACUCCCUGAACGGAGAGAUGGAGAAACAUUUGGCGGAGAUCGAACAGAACGCGCAACGGUACAAACAGUGUACUUCUUGAGUGGCUACAAUUAACAGAGCAAAGAAGUAAAGUAAUAUCGAACGAACGAAGAUCUCUGGUGACCAGGCGAAAGAGUAUUUUUACAAGUGAAAUUUCGAUGAGAAUGAUGUGAGUCUUAAUUUAGAAAAGAAAAGAAAAAAAGACGCGUAUUUUGAAGUACAGUGACGGACAAAAGAGAGUUUAAAACUCGUAUUUUUACAUUUUACAUUUUUUUUUUUUUUUAACCAACGUUACGUAACAGCCAUCUAUUCUGCGAUAUAUAUUAUAUCUAUUUGUUCCUUCUAUUAAAUGUAUUUCCAUUUUAUCAAACAUUGCACUUUUAAAUAUUAUAAUUAUUAUUAUGUUUUCCCGUAAAAUUAAUGAUUUUGGUUUAUAUUUGUUUGAUCAUCCAUCAGAGAUACAAAGUACACGUUAAUUUUUAAGAAAGAGAUACUUAUUCAAAGAAUUAUUCGAAUUGUGUGAUAUGACACACUGCUUCGAGAGAUAAACGAAGAAAAUAAUUUUUCCAGUGCCAUAAUCGUAAACGAAGGGGCCAUUUAUUCGUUGAUAAAAUAUCAAAUAUUUAUACACGUAGCUUUCUGAAAAUUUAAUAAUAAUGAAGAAUCCCUUAAAUCGUCUUCCAAAUGAUAUUAAAAAGUGCCAAGAGGAAAAAGAAAAGUCGAAUUUUCUUAUUGCAUUUAUCAUCGCGGACCAAAUACUUUAAGGUGAACCGAACAGCCGCAUAAAUCCAUAAUUAUUCAAGGAAAACGACUGAUCUAGUUAAUAAUAAUAUAGAAUUAAACUUAUUAAACAUCGAUACUUAACUCACAUUAAAUUUAAUUGUUCCAUACAUCCCAAGAUAAGAUUUGUACUUAUAUGAAAUACGUUUACUGCUGCAUUUCUACAAUAAGACACGGUGCAAUAGGUAGAUAGAAUUUUGUAUCAAUAGUAUAUGUAUAUGUAUAUAUUGCUCUCAUCUUUUCACGAAAUUACAUUUCCCCAUUGGAUACGUAUUGUUAAUGAAUUUAAUAGAAUCUCAAUGAGUCGUCGUAGAAUAUUAAAACAAUUGUAUAAAUGUAUUAUGUUACGGAGAUUUGAAAAUUUACGAGUAACACCGAGUCGAGAAAGCUGUUGAAAAUAUGAAAAAGAGAAUUCCUCGAUAAAAUGAGGAUUAUAGUUAUUUAUAGAUUGAUAUUUUAGGGCAACAGCCGAGCACAGUUGAUGUUGCCAGCUAUGGCCAUUAUCGCGUAUCUGCUCUUGUUCAAGCGAGAAAUGGAACAACGUUCUAAUUAAACCAAACGAUUUUUAAUUGUAUUUAAUGAAUAGUUAUGUUUGUACGAUAGAUGAAUAUAUAUUAGAAAAAUAAAUAUUAUCAAAGGAAAAUG